GAACCUGUAUAGCCUUCUAUCAAUUGAGGUUAGGAAAAAUUGCAACCAUAAGGUGCAUCGCGUGAUCGAGGCGCACUCCAACGACUAUAUACAGGAGUCGCCAUUGGUUAAAUUGAAGGUACCCUUUUCCACUAUCGUUCAAUGGAGGUUUUGGAGGAAGAAUACAAUAACAAAUCUGACGAUAUAACGUAGCUGUAAGCCCGAGCCAACGAGCCAUUUUAGAGUAAACAAAGACGCCUCUCGUGGGAAGUUUGAUCUGUGUUCUCAAGUAGAUGGUUGACCCAGCGAAAAUUACAUCUAAGGGAACAAAAGGUGCCGGUCGCGAUGGGCCGCAGCAGCCCAGCCCGCAGUGUACCAGUGGUGUUGCUGUGCCUCGGUGCUCUGCUCUUUGGGAAUGUGUUAAUCUACAUAUACAUUGACUCACUGCACCAAACUGGCAACCAUCCAAUGCAGCCCCAUGGCCCUUGCCUGCCUCGCCAUUUCAAGAUUUCAUCUAUGAAGAACUGCUCCCCAUGGUUGCUGUGUCAACAAAUGAGCACAGAAGUUCGCAAGUUAAAGCUGAUCGGCCAGGGGGCUGUAAAGAAGAUUUAUCUCUCUGAGUGGAAAGGUAACAAGGUUGCCCUCUCGCGGCUCUCGUCCGCUGAGUUCCAGCAGGACCUUCUGCACGGCCUCUCCAUGCUACAAGUCCUGCAGGGGCCCCAGGUGGUCCAGCUGGUGGGGCUGUGCCCUGAGGAGUUCAGCCUUGUCACAGAAUACCACCCACUGGGCUCCCUGCUCAACCUGGACACCGUACUGGCCAGUGAAAGGCAUCGCACUCUGGACACCUGGCAGACCCGGCUGCAGCUAGCUCUGGACUAUGUUUCCAUCCUACAUUUCCUUCAUACCAGUCCUGCCGGGACACGCGUCAUGUGCGAUUCAAACAAUCUAGAGAAAACACUGUCACAGUUCCUGCUUACCAGUGACUUUCACCUUGUGGUCAAUGAUUUAGAUGCCUUGCCUCUGGCAGACAAGGAAAGGGGCCUAUUGGUGAAAUGUGGUCAUAGAGAGCUCAUGGGGGACUUUGUGGCUCCAGAGCAGCUGUGGCCCCAUGGCAAUGGGCAGCCAUUUACAGAUGAGCUCAUGCCAGGGUAUGAUGAAAGAACUGAUAUUUGGAAAAUUCCUGAUGUGACACGUUAUUUAAUGGGCAGGGUACCUGGGGGGGAUGUAGUCCACUUUCAUCUCUUUCACAUUCACGGAGAAUGUAAGGGGAGAGACCCUCAGUUCCGGCCCUCUGCCUCGGACGUGUUGAGUGUGUACAGAUCUGUGUAUUCCAACAUGGUGCGGGACACCCUCAGCCCCAACUCCAGAGACAUGCUUUAGUCUCAGACCUUGUGGAAUUGAAUAUACUUUUCAGUGGUGGAAAAAUAAAAAACACACUUUAAA